AUGGAAGAACAGGUAGCGAAUGCCAUUGAGAUCGCCUGGAAUCCGUCCUCAGACCAAGCCCUCAAGAGUCAAGCAUACGACUAUCUAAACCAACUCCGCGCCGACCCCUCCGGAUGGCAGGUCUGCCUUGCUCUCUUCACUAAAACCCCACAAUACUCGGAAAUCAUACGCCAUGUCUCAUUGGAAGUGGUCAACAGUGCAGCUCAGGCCGGUCUCCUUGAUAUCCAGGCUCUGGGAUACGUGCGGGAUGGCUUGAUGGCCUACCUGCGACAGGUCUACGGCCAGGAGAAUGCUUCGCCGGAUCCGCCCAACAUUCAGAACAAAAUUGCUCAGACGAUCACCUUCCUCUUCUCGGCCCUUUACGCCAAUGGCUGGGAAUCUUGCAUCGACGAUCUCCUCAGUCUCACCUUCAAAGGCCCUGCAAGCACAAGUCGCGACAAUCCGCUCGGUAUCAUAUUCUACCUCCGUGUCAUCAACUCGAUUCAUGAGGAGAUUGGAGAUGUACUUGUGUCCCGGUCUCGUGCGGAGCAGGACAAGGCCAACCUCCUCAAAGAUCUCAUCCGGGAACGAGACAUGCAGAAGAUCGCCGGUUCGUGGCAAGAGAUUCUGUCCGAAUGGCGGGACGGUAACGAUGUAAUUGUGGAGAUGUCCCUCAAGGCUGUAGGGAGCUGGGUGAGCUGGAUCGACAUUGGCCUCGUGGUAAACCAGACCAUGAUGGAUCUGCUGUUCCAGCAACUCAGCCGCGCGCAAAAGGCGGAACUCAGAUCCGGAGAAGAGAAGGUGCGCGAUGCGGCGGUCGACGUUUUCACGGAAAUCAUCGGCAAGAAGAUGAAGGCUGAGGAUAAGAUUGACAUGAUUAUUUUCCUGAAUCUCGACACUAUUGUCACCCAACUCUCCAAUAGCCCUCCUCUCAACGAGAAUAGGUUCACGUUCAAGUACGAUACUGAUCUGGCGGAAACGGUGGCCAAGUUAGUCAAUAUUACAGUCAUUGAUAUUGUACGGGUUUUGGAGCAGGAUACCAUUAUGGCUGACUGCAAGGAGAAAGCCACUGGUCUGCUGCAGGCCUUCCUUCCGCAUAUCUUGAGAUAUUUCUCCGACGAAUACGAUGAGGUUUGCUCGACGGUGAUUCCCUGUGUCAGCGAUCUCUUGGCCUAUCUUAGAAAGAUGGCCAAGGUCAACCCAGCCCUGGCCGCUCAGCACUCCUCCGUUUUGCUGCCGAUCUUGAAGGCUAUCAUUGCCAAAAUGCGCUAUGACGAAACAUCCUCAUGGGGUGACGAGGACGACCAGACGGAUGAGGCGGAAUUCCAGGAGCUACGCAAACGGCUAGGCGUUCUGCAACAGAUCAUCGCCAACGUGAACGAACAACUAUACAUCGACGCGGUUUCCGAGGUAGUAGGGACCACUUUCGAGAACUUGCGUCAAUCAGGUGCUCAACUGGAUUGGCGAGACCUGGACUUGGCUCUCCACGAGAUGUUCCUGUUUGGUGACAUCGCCGUCAAAGCAGGCAGUCUGUACACCAAGGGGUCACCUAACAACCCUGCAGCAGAGCGACUUAUUGAGAUGAUGAUGAAGAUGGUCGAGUCUGACAUACGCUCUUUCACACACCCCGCUACGCAACUGCAGUAUAUGGAAAUCUGCGUUCGCUACAGCUCAUUCUUCCAACAUCACACUCAGCUUAUCCCCAGCGUCUUGGAGAGCUUCCUCCAAUUAGUUCAUCAUCCGAUUAAAAAAGUGAAGACUCGCUCAUGGUAUCUGUUCCAGCGCAUCGUUAAACAAUUACGAACCAAUGUUGGCAACGUUGCUCAAAGUGUGGUGGGAGCUCUGAGCGACCUCCUGGUCAUCACCGCAGAGGUGCCUUCGGAAGGAUCCGAUGGCGAUGAAAUGUCCUCGGAGGACCAUGAAGGAUCGGCAGAUGCUGUGUUCAACAGCCAAUUGUAUCUCUUCGAGGCCGUGGGCAUCAUUUGCUCCACCCCCACAGUACCCGCUGAUAAGCAGGUCCUCUACGCACAGUCCGUGUUGAAUCCGAUUUUCAUGGACAUGGAGAAGAACUUGGCGCCAGCCAAAGCCAAUGAUGAGAGAGCCGUUCUGCAGAUUCACCACGACAUUAUGGCUCUAGGCACGCUGGCGCGCGGCUUUUCCGAUUGGAUGCCAGGUACCAGUUCCCCUGCUGCCCUGCCCGCGCCGGAGGUCUCCGAGGCAUUCAUGCAGGUAUCGGAAGCCACCCUCGUGGCUUUGGAGUCGCUUAAGGCAUCUUUUAAUGUGCGCACGGCGGCACGAUUCGCCUUUUCCAGACUCAUUGGCGUUCUGGGGGCGCGCAUUCUCCCUCAACUUCCUCGCUGGAUUGAUGGCCUUCUCACGCAGACCUCAUCGCGUGACGAGAUGGCUCUAUUCCUUCGCUUGUUAGACCAGGUCAUCUUCGGCUUCAAGACCGAGAUUACAGGUAUCCUGGAUACUCUUCUGACACCUUUCCUGCAGAGGGUGUUCUCCGGUAUCGCGGAUCCGACCACUGGCACCGAUGACGAAAUCCAGUUGGCGGAAUUGAAACGUGAAUACCUUAAUUUUCUCUUGGCAGUGUUGAACAAUGAUCUCGGAGCUGUCAUAAUCAGUGAAAGGAACCAACCCAUGUUUGACACUGUGAUCACGACUAUCGAGCAUUUCGCGAAAGAUAUUGAAGAUUUCACCACGGCCAAGAUGGCUUUCUCUGUUCUGUCAAAGAUGGGCAGUUCAUGGGGUGGUCCGGACAUUGCGCCAGAGGGUUUGAAUGGCGCGGCGGGGCAACAGGUCGCUCUACCCGGUUUUGGCCAAUUCAUGAUCAGCCGUUUAUCGCCGCUGUGUUGGGCACUGCCUGCGACGCCAUCGUUCAAUUCCAAGGAUGCGCAGGCGAAACAGGUUCUCGCGGAAGCUGGAGCGCUUCAGCGGACCAUUUAUGCCAAGACCGGUAUGGAAUAUCUGGAAUAUCUCCGGACUCAAGAAUUGCCAGGCAUGGGCAUGGGAGGGGAUCUUGUGGAAGAGUUCGUGGGGGCAUUGAGCCGGCUGGACUUGAAGGGAUUCCGGCAGUUCUUCCCAUCUUUUAUCCAGCGAUUGAGCGCGUGA